AUGGUGGAGACGUACAAUAAACCCAACAAGUACAUAAACAUAUACUAUGCCACUUUACAAGUUGAUAAUUGCACAUCAAUAUGUGGCUCAAAGGGGAAAAUGCAGAAUGUCAUAAUACAGCAUGAAGGCAAUGUAAAGCAGACUUUUGGAUUACCUGCAUGGAGACCUGAUGGAGCUAUGAGAAUGAACCAAGGGUUGGAGCAGAGACCCAAUGGAGAUGCCAGAACUAUUUGGGGAGGGAUGUUGGAGCAAAUGGUAAAGGCUGUUAUGGUUCGAAUCUUCAGUGGUCCCAAAAGCUGCCCGGUAAAUGCCAAUCAUCCCAUAACUCUUUUUGCUGCUCUACAAAGAGCAGAUGCGUAUUUAUUUGAGGAGUAUAUUCCAGUCAUUGCUGCAAGAAUGGAGCUGUGCUGUGUGUGUGUGCUUCCAAACGUGUCAGGGAGACACCAAGAUCGGAAUCACAUCAACCAAACAGUGGCUGCGUUAUUGGCUGGCAAGUUCCAGGGUCUGGUUGAGAAGUUUUAUGUCACUGAUUGCCGCUAUCCAUAUGAGUACCUGGGAGGACACAUCCAGGGAGCCUUAAACAUGCCUAGUUGGAAAGAACUUCAUGACUACUUUUUGAAGAAACCCUUUCUCCCUUUGGAUAUCCAGAAGAGAAUAAUCAUUGUGUUCCACUGUGAAUUCUCCUCAGAGAGAGGUCCCCGAAUGUGCCGCUCUCUGAGAGAAGGGGUCAGGGCCAUGAACCAGUAUCCUGCACUGCACUACCCAGAGCUGUAUAUCCUUAAAGGGGGCAGCAGAGACUUCUUUCCAGAAUAUAUGGAUCUGUGUGAGCCACGAAGCUACUGCCCAAUGCAUCACCAGGACCACCAGGCGGAGCUGCUGCAGUGGCGAAGCCAGAGCAAAGCUCAGAAAGGGGAACGGCAGUUGCAGGAGCAGAUUAGGUUGCCCUCCUGA